GGCGGGGAGCCGGGGGCGUCCCGGCCGGCCUCGGUGGGGCCCGGGGUGCGAGGCGGGGGCCAUGCCCUGACGGGACGGCGCGGGGGGAGCUCCGCGGACGGCCCCCGGGCUCCGCCGCUAUGGCGGGGGCCGGCCUGUGGACGAGCCUCAAGUCCGCGCUUUGGAGGAGCGGGGACCCGUCGUUGUUCCUCAACGAUUCCAGUGCCUUCGACUUCUCGGACGAGGCGGCCGACGACGACUUCCCCAGGUUUAACAAGCUGCGGGUGGUGGUGGCGGACGACCCGUCGGAUGCGGCCCCCGAGUCGCCGGGGAACGGGGUGCACCUGGGCCUGCAGCCCGACGAGGACUCGCUGCCGGAGCGGGGCAGCGCUCUGUGGGGCGCCGGGGGCACGGCGCCGGGCCCCUGCGGCGGCUGCAGCGCCCGGAGGGAGCUCUGCAAGCAGAGGAAGGUGAAGAAGCGGCUGACCCUCGCCGCUGUCCUCUACCUGCUCUUCAUGACGGGGGAGCUCGUAGGUGGAUAUGUUGCUAACAGUCUAGCAAUUAUGACAGAUGCACUUCACAUGUUAACUGACCUUAGCGGUAUUAUUUUGACCCUGCUUGCUGUCUGGCUGUCUGCAAAGUCUCCCACAAAGAGGUUCACUUUUGGAUUUCAUCGCUUAGAAGUAUUGUCGGCCAUCAUUAGUGUAUUGCUGGUCUAUAUCCUUAUGGCAUUCCUUUUGUAUGAAGCUGUUCAAAGAACUACCCGUAUGGACUAUGAAAUAAAUGGCGAUAUCAUGCUGAUUACAGCAGCCGUUGGUGUUGCAGUUAACUUAAUAAUGGGUUUUUUGCUGAACCAGUCCGGACACCUUCAUUCUCACUCCCAUUCCCACCCUCAUUCCCACAUACCUCAGUCAAACUCUCCCAGCACAGCCCACAGCAACAGCCACGGACACAGCAGCCUUGCAGUGAGAGCAGCAUUUGUACAUGCCCUUGGGGACUUGGUACAAAGUAUUGGCGUGCUGGUAGCUGCAUACAUCAUACGUUUCAAGCCAGAAUACAAGAUUGCUGAUCCCAUAUGUACAUAUGUAUUUUCCAUACUGGUGGUUUUGACAACAGUCCGAAUUCUGUGUGACACAGGAGUUAUCAUUCUGGAAGGAGUUCCCAGGCAUUUAAAUGUGGAUCGCAUUAAGGAAGACUUGCUGAAAAUUGAAGAUGUUUAUUCUAUAGAAGAUUUAAAUGUUUGGUCUCUCACUGCAGGAAAAACAAACGCCAUAGUCCACUUGCAAUUAGUUCCUGGUAGUUCAUCUAAAUGGGAGGAAGUUCAGUUCAAGGCCAGACAACUGCUGCUGAACACAUUCGGAAUGUACAAGUGCUCUGUCCAGCUUCAGAGUUACAAACAAGAAACAAGCAAAACCUGUGCAAGUUGUCAGAGUUCCAGUGCCUAAUUUCAUAUGUUUUGGGAACUGCUGCCUUAUUCUUUAUCUUGUAGUCAAAGACUGAGAGCAAUAAGUGCAAAAUGAAAAUGAUCAAAUAACAAUUAAUAUGUGGAUUUGUACCAUAUAACACGCAGCAGGGAGAGCUAGUGCUGCAAAAAGUGCAGUGAUUGCCCUACAGAACAUGUAUUUCAUUCUUUCCCUUGUACUGGUUUAUUCGAUUUGUUAUGAUUUUGAGACAAAAUUGUUUUCAGGUUGUUUACAAACUGAAGCGUGGUUCUGCAGAUACCUCACAAAUUACAGUUUGAGAUUGUCCUUUAAUGACCGUGCACCACAAAGUAGCUGCACUCCAAACGGAGCAUCAAGUAUUCAGUAUUUCAAUUAAAAUCAUGCCAGGGUUCCAUGCACCAUGAACCUCAAACUCAUUAUACAGUAUUUUUACAGUAGUCAUUUUCAUACAGUCUCUUAAAUUAUGAUGCAUGCAGUGCUAGCUGACCUCUUUUAUAAGCGGUCUUUUUGGAGACAUGGCAAAAUACAGAAUUUACUGUAACCAGACCAGAAACUUAGCUUUAAUUUGGGCAUUCAGAGAUCCAGACAGGAAGAUCCUUGCCCAGACUUCUGGUGUUCAACUACGUACCCUACACUGGACCCAAAGUGUUUUAAAUGAUCAGUUAUCUUUAAUGUAUUAUAGAAUAGGGUUUAUACUUUAGAAACAGGUUAUUUAUUUUACAGAGUUUUGACUUGUAAGAUUAAAUUUAUUAUUAAUAAUUUUGAUUGUCUAAACCAACAUUUGAUUCACAUUAAAUGGCCAGUUAAUUAGCAUGUAUUCCAAUUAAUACAUGUGCUAUAAUUCAAACAUUUUCUAUGAUUUUUUUUUGUUAAAAAAGAAAAUCAAAUGCUAGCCUGACAUGAAGUUACUCAAAUUCAUUCUACAGACAUGCAAGUUACUUAGAUCUACUAAAAGGAAAGCAGGGAGCAGAAGUUUUAGGUGUACUAUUCCCCUCAGUCUCACAUCUCUGACUUUUUCAUCUUUGCUUUGAGGUGGUAUCCUCACAGGAGAACCACUGCAAUAGCAGUCCCCAUCUACUUAGCUUUAUGAAUAAAAUGAAACCCAAGCAAGCUCAGUAACCUAAUGUACAUUGGGCAACGCUAUUGUAGCCUUUCUAUCUCUGUAGGUUGCUUUCUCUUACUGGUUGAGAGACAAAGCAAUUGGAAAAGACAGUUUUUUCAUCCUGACACUUCAAAGUCCACAAAACUGAAUUGCUUUCGCUCAGUGUUGAUCCCUGUACUUUGAAUGUACAGAGGAUAAUAAAACACAACCCUUUUACCUGUCCCUAAGCUAUCAUACAUCCAAGCUCAGAUUUACACCUGUUUCUGAAGUUAGUUACAUAGAAGAAGCCAAGGGCAACAGGAAUAUGACCUGUGGAGUUCAAUAAACAGAACUUCAAGUAUUUUUUGUUUAUUCUGCACUUUGAUCUUUAUGCAGAACUUCCACUGACAUCAGAAGUAGUUCCAUACGUGGAUCAGAAAGGAAAAUUUUGGCCCAAUAAUGGAUAUUGUGAUACUCAGCUGUGAAUACUUAAGCUAGUGUCUGUCUUGAAACUUGCUGGAGUCUCACAUAUUCAUCAGGGUGAUCUCUAUCUGCAAUUGGUAAUAAUAGUCUUGGCUUGUUUUCUCUCUUUUUUUUUUUUUUUUGGAGGUAGCUAUCACAUGAUGUAUUUGCAAAGGUGAAAACUGACAACAGUAUUAUUUUGGACAAAGUACUCAUAACACUGGAUUAUGUUUGUAUCUGUUCUGGCAUGAAAUGGGAACACGAGUACAACAUACAAGUAGAUAUAGCUCACAGGCAAAGGAGCACUAUACAUGGAAAGUUGUGCUUCAAUACAAACACCAUCAUUAAUUAAGCCAUAUCACAGUUCAUGAAAAGCGUUCAUCCCAUCCUUACAAACUUCCUAACAACAAAAAAAAGAAACCACAACAGAUAUUUUGCACAUACUAAUACUCAAAUAGGUUUUAAUUAACUUGGGGUUUACAGUUGAUGUUAUCAGAAGUUGAAGUACAGUAGACAUGUAUUGUAUUUGGAGUUUUUUAUUGUAAUGAUUUACUACGUUUGUUUAAUUAAGAAAAAGCAAAAAUGUGUUGCUUUAUUGUGGGUUUUAUUAAAUCAAUAAUUAAACUUCACAUUGUUGUCAUAUAAAAUUUA